AUGCAGAAGAGAAGUGAGGAGCUGUUUGGGAGGAAGAGUGUAAUCUGUGUGGUUCUGGCCAUUCUCCAGAUCACCAAACACACCUCAGCCCAAAGUAACACCACCAUCUCCUCCAACACCACUGUCCCCCAGUCCACUUACUCUUCUGCCCCGUCACCCUCCCCCUCUGGCUACCACACUAUGCCUUCCAACACUACCUCCGCACUGGGGGAUCCAGCCCAGUUCUGGUGUGGGGUCCCGAAGAGCUCAGAGGGUCUCACUUUCACUUUCUACGGCAGAGCUCAAAACUUCACCCUCAGCUGCCCCACUGGACACGUCGAGGACAUACCCCAGGCUCUCGAGGGGUUGUGUGUUGUGCAUUUGGACCUUCUACUGGCUGGAUGGGUCCUCAAAGGCACGUCUUUACCCGACAAUGGCACCAAGGUGGUAUGCCAGCGAAGUGGUUACCCAGCUGCACCCACUGCGUACUUGUAUGUUUAUGAUAACGGCUCAGGGAACUCUCUCCUGAUUGGAAUUGCAUUUGGAGGAUUUUUUGGUGUAAUAACAGUGUUUGGUUUGUUGUACCUGUAUCUCACAAGAUCUGAGAGUUUCCAGAAAUGUUUCCGAGGAAAAGACAACACGCCAGACGAUCUAAGGGAAAUUGUGGACAACAUUGAAAUUCCGUCUACUUCUUCCCCGCCCACACUCAAUGAAAAAAUGAGAGAUCUUUGA